AUGGACGUUUUUAACUCGAUUCUGGGCUAUUUCAAGGUAUGCACUGGUUUUUUCAUGUUCAUUUUGUUGUUUGAUUGGAUUUAGAUUGCUUUUGUGGUUUUGGAAGUUUGUUACGAGUUAUAACAGGAGUUUAUUGGCAACAAUUUCGUUUUGUUUUGAGAGGUAUUUGCAAGUGUUACGAUUGAUGGCUGGUUUAGGUUGUUUAUUUGAUUGUUCUUGCUGUUUUGUGGAGGUGGAAAUGUAAAAUAAGGGUUCAGAAACCUUCCAGAGUGUCUUCAGCUACUGUUUCAUAAAUUCUUUGCUAAAUUGGAGCGUUCUUUCAAAAGGACUGUUGUUUCAUAGAUAAUAUCACUAUAAUCUUUGAAAAUCGGUAUUUCUAUUACAAAAUCACUUGUUUUUCUGUGAAUUUCAAAUACGUAUCUACUCUAAAAUUAUGAAAGUUGUUUUACACACUACAUUAAAGCCUGCAGAAGCUUGAAAACUAUUUUUGGUUGUUUAAGGGCAGCUUUAUCAACAUUUUUGUUUAUCGUUCCUUUUGGAGAAUAAUAAAAAGAAAACAGAAAUGUGUGUGGUUUUGUUUAGGUUGAGAGAUGUUUGCAAUGGGUUUUUGUUUUCAUUCUUUGGUAAAAUCGUUAAUGUUUUAUAGGUAGUAAAUUAUAAGAUUUUUGGAGUUGAUGUCGUAGUAUAUUAGGUUUAAGCGAUUUUUUGUCUGUUAUGUGACAAUGAGAGGUUGGCUUUGGGGUUUUCACGGUUUUUAAGCUUGGCUAUGAUCUAUUAGUACGUGUUAUGUUCAGAUAUACUGUGCCACAGGGUCGGACUGAUUUUUAGUCUAGGCUAGAAAGCUUGGUCUGUUCAGACUUUACUGAAGAGCUAAGAGAGUUCAGAAGAUCAAAAAAUACUGUUCUAUUAUUAUCUGCUUGUUAUGCUUUAUGAAUGCAAUUCUGUUUAUAUCGACCUUUUUUUGAUAGGUCGCUCUGUUAAUACGCUAUAGAUUAAAUCAACAUAGAGAAAGAAAUAUACAUUGAUGGAGAGGUAGUGUGUAGCAGAGAUAGUGCGCUUUUUUUGUUUACAACAAAACUUUUACUGCCCCAAUCUGUGUAGUUUGUUUCAAAAGGAGGGGGAAAGAUGAUUAUAAAUGUGGAAAAGUGUUCGUUGAUUGUUUAAUUCAAUGUGCGUUCUUGAUUUUUCUAAAAUGUACGUGACUUUGUACAAGUUUUUUAGUUUAAAUUAACUUUAACAGCAUUUUCAUAAAACUAAUUUUAUGCUUUUACUGUUUGAAAGCGUUUGACCUUAUCAUUCUGAAAUAAUUUUAAAAUCCGGAGGGCAAAAGUUUAAUUUUGACGUUUGAAAUGUUUUUUUAUAACGAAACUAACCAACUCUUUGUUAUAUGUUAUAAUACGAUCGUUUUUAUUAAAAUGUUUACUAAAUCAAGGUUUUAUCUUAAUGUUAAUUUAUCUUGUUAUAGGUGAGUGCAGCAACUAUGUCAAACAGAGCCGUAGCCAUCCUUCAAGGCGAUCAAGGAGUCACUGGGACCGUCUGGUUUACUCAGGUAUGGCAUAUUAAUAGGUUGUUCAAAUAAAUAUGUGCCGUGCCUUAAAAAUGAAAAUUUGCUUUGGGCGGUACAGAAGUAUUUUAACAAGACUAAUCUGGUCUAAUACUUUGAUACUGAUAUGCAUCUUUCAGCAAGAUGGUGGAGUUUUGGUCAACGGAGAGAUCAAGGGCCUCUCGGAAGGACAACAUGGUUUCCACGUCCAUCAAUGGGGAGAUCGUACUAAUGGAUGUGUCAGCGCCGGACCGCACUUCAAUCCUUACAAAAAGACGCACGGUGGACCAGAAGUAAAUUUUUUGUCUUGUUAUUGUGUUUUUGGUUUAGAUAACAUAGUCCAAGUUUUAAAAAAACAGAAAUUUACAAAAAAUUUGCUAUACUUCACAUUUGUUACCUAAAUUUGUACUUGAUUCCUAAAGUUACCGUUGAUCUUUUUUUCAAGAGUAACAUAUACCUUUCAGGACUCGGAACGUCACGUUGGAGAUCUGGGCAACGUGAAGGCCGAUUCCAGCGGAGUCGCCAAGUUCUCCUUCGUCGACAAAUUCAUCUCGUUGAGCGGCGAAACCAACGUCGUCGGCCGUUCCCUCGUCGUCCACGCUGGUCAAGAUGAUCUCGGAAAGGGCGAAGGCGACAAGAAGGAGGAAUCGCUCAAGACCGGUAACGCUGGAGCCCGUGCCGCCUGUGGCGUCAUCGGAUUGGCCGAACCACAAUGA